AUGAAGGAGCUUGGGGUCGUGGACAACCAAGCAACGGAGAAGUAUCUGCGGAUAGCAUCAAUCUCCAUUGCAUUAUAUGAUUAUAUCAUCACCCUUCCCGCAGAAUGGCGGUUUUAUCGAAGCCAAUCGUCAUUUUUUCGUCUCCGCCUUGCUUGCAUCUUAUUCAUUCUAAUACGCUAUGGUAGUAUCAUAGUCAUGAUACUCAGUAAUUACGGAGUCUUCUCCACCGGUUUCACCCAAGAAACGUGUAAACAUUACUAUAUGAUUUCGCCUGUCUUCAAAGUUAUACAGACUAUGAUAUCACAAGUCAUCCUAGGUGUCAGGACAUUCAAUAUUGCAAGGAGGGAUAGGCGGAUAGGAAUUACACUGGUGGUGCUAUACUUCAUCUCAGUUUCGCUGGAGUGGUUCACCAAUAUGUUUGACCGGAUACUGUACGUCAAUAUUCCUCAUAACAAGAUUCACGCAAACAGCGUAGUUUUUAGGGAAAGAAAUCCUGGUAAAGUACUGUCGGCAUGGCUCUACUACACCGUUUCGAUGUUGUAUGACCUCGCAGUAUUGACCAUCUCCACCGUAUAUCUUCUGCGGUACAACCCUCUCAGCAGCAGACUGGAACAGCUAGUACGGGUCCUGAUCUAUGACGGCAUUGGAUAUUUCAUCGUGCUAACAGGAUCGAACAUAUUAAACAUUGUCCUUUAUCAUACAUCCAAUAUCCAGACCCAGGCGGCAGGGGCAUCAAUAGGUUUUGCUGUGCGCACCACUCCAGAGUUUCACUGCUCUUACGCUGAUGCUCGCAACUUCACUCGUUGCGUUGUUCUUCCGCUCCCAAUGAUUACAUACACAGAACUGUCAGAAGCAGAGACCCGACGUCUAGACAACGUAGUCGCCGCGCGUUACCCGCAAAACGCUCGGGAUGUAUCCGCCAUCCGUUCUCCGCUCACCCCCAAAAGUCACAUUGAUCCUGAAUUUGGACUCAGAUCGUUCAACGGUGCGCGCACUGGUGACAUAGAACUCGACAUAUGUGCAUAUGUCGAGCCCUUGGUGACGUUGGACCACACGGAUGAAUGUGGGGUUUCUAGUUCGUGGGGUAAUCCGAUGGAAAGAUGA